GCCGCCGCGGGCUACAGCGCUCCUCCUUGAACCGCAAAGCUGCGGACACGAACCACUCCGGCCCUGGGAACGGGGGCCUCUCCCUCGGGCCCGCGGCUCUGCGGGGCUGGGCCGGCCUCACCUCGAGGUUGCCGGAGCCGCCGGGACAGGGACAGAGGUGGUGCCGAGGCCGGCAGGAACCGCCGCCGCCUGAUGACGCGCGGCCGCCCCAUGACGCGGAGCUUCCCUGGGCCGCGCGGCGGCGCCGCCUCCGUGGUCCCGCAACUGCGGAGAUUCGCCCCGAAACCAGCGCCCCACGCGCACACCCGCAGCGGGCGGGUGACGGGCACAUGGCGGCAGGCAGGCAGGCACCCAGCCCAGAGCGCUGCCGGCGGCGGCCGCCCUCACACAGAGAGGCCGCAGUGACGCCUCCCCACCCCGAGGCCGCGGGGAUGGACGCGGAGCGCGCUGCCGGCCGGGACAGCGCCGAGGGAGGAAGAGGAGGACUGGGUGACUUUGUGUCCGCCCUUCCUCCCGAGAUCAUCUCCCGGAUUUUCAGUGGGCUGGAUGUCGAGAGCUUGUGCCACGCUGUGUCCGUGACGUGCAAGGUCUGGCACCGCGUCAUCGACAGCAACGAGCGGCUGUGGCGGCACCACUGCCUGGCCGUGCGCGCCGUCUGCCAGCGGGAGAUCGACUGCGACCGAGGGAAUGGCUAUUCCUGGAAGAUUACAUUGUUGAGAAACUACUGGAAAAGCAAAAUGAAGCAAGAAUGGCUUAGUGGGAAAUACAGCAACAUUCCUUCACAAUUCAGUUUGCCAGAGAAAAGCAUGUAUCCAAUGGAUGUCGACACGUGGGGAGAAAUCUUGGAAGCAGAACUUGAGAGAUGAUAAACCGCUGCUGAUUCCUGCAACUCAGAUAGCUUUUGCCAAUAGCAGACACACUGUUCAGCAGUUGUGAAACUGAUUUUGAACUGAUUAUGAGUUUAUGAUGAAAACUUCCCCAAAAAAAUGUCAUGAGUGUCUUUUUUUAAUUUGCAUUUUACUGUAUUAAUUUUAUGUAACAUUCUAAAAACAACUAAAUAUUCAGCUGUAAUUUAUAUUUAUAAUUGUAAUGUUCUACUGCACUGUCAAAAAUAUGCUGAUUAUAAUUUCUGUUUGCACUUUU